AUGGAAAGGGAAAAUAAGACAAGUAUCUCUGAAUUCCUCCUUCUGGGACUUCCCAUCAGACCACAGCAACAAGUGUUGUUCUACAUCCUAUUCUUGAGCAUGUAUCUCACCACAGUUCUGGGGAAUCUGCUUAUCAUCUUUUUGAUCAGACUGGACUCUCACCUUCAUACCCCCAUGUAUUUCUUCCUCAGCCAUUUGGCCUUCACUGAUGUCUGUUUCUCAUCAGCGACUACCCCAAAGAUGCUGAUGGACAUGCAGACAGGGAGUCAGACAAUUCCCUAUGGUGGCUGCAUCUCACAGAUGUAUUUCUUCAUAUUAUUUACUGAUCUCGACAGCUUCCUGCUCACUGCAAUGGCCUAUGACCGUUAUAUUGCCAUCUGCUACCCUCUCCACUAUACUACCAUCAUGAACCAAAGUCUUUGCAGUCUACUGGUAGUUGGGUCCUGGAUCCUCUCCUGUGCCAGUUCCUUUACCCACACCCUUCUUCUGGUCCAAUUGUCCUUCUACAAUAAUAAGACUAGUGUCUCUGAAUUCCUCCUUCUGGGACUUCCCAUCAGACCACAGCAACAAGUGUUGUUCUACAUCCUAUUCUUGAGCAUGUAUCUCACCACAGUCCUGGGGAAUCUGCUUAUCAUCUUUUUGAUCAGACUGGACUCUCACCUUCAUACCCCCAUGUAUUUCUUCCUCAGCCAUUUGGCCUUCACUGAUGUCUGUUUCUCAUCAGUGACUACCCCAAAGAUGCUGAUGGACAUGCAGACAGGGAGUCAGACAAUUCCCUAUGGUGGCUGCAUCUCACAGAUGUAUUUCUUCAUAUUAUUUACUGAUCUCGACAGCUUCCUGCUCACUGCAAUGGCCUAUGACCGUUAUAUUGCCAUUUGCCACCCUCUCCACUAUACUACCAUCAUGAGCCAGAGUCUUUGCAGCCUGCUGGUAGUUGGGUCCUGGAUCCUCUCCUGUGCUAGCUCCUUGACCCACACCCUUCUCUUGGCCCGACUGUCUUUCUGUGAAGAGCAUACCAUAGCUCACUACUUCUGUGACUUGGCUGCCUUGCUCAAGCUAUCCUGCUCAGAUACUUUCCUGAAUGAGCUAGUGAUAUUCACUGUAGGGGUAGCAAUCAUUACACUGCCAUUAAUUUGUAUCCUUGUCUCUUACAUCCAUAUCAUUGCUACUAUCCUGAAGAUCCCUUCUACCAAGGGGAUAUGCAAAGCCUUGUCCACCUGUGGCUCCCACCUGUCUGUGGUGUCUUUAUAUUAUGGGACAAUCAUUGGCCAAUAUUUUUUCCCCUCCUCCAGUAACUCUAAUUUUAAAGAUAUCAUCUCUGCUAUGAUGUAUACAGUAGUAACUCCUAUGCUGAACCCCUUCAUUUACAGUCUGAGGAACAGAGAUAUACAUGGGGCCUUGAAGAAAAUCCUGCUACUCAGGCUCCCAUUUGACCCUUGUUAUGAGUUCCUGCUGGCUAUUCUAAUAUCAUUCCAUUAUUGCUUCUCCUCUUCAAAGGAGGUGAAGAUCCUAAAGGUCUUUGACAAUAGGCUUAUAGUAGCCCUGGGCAAGGAGACAGAGUAA